AUGAUGUUCCUCGUUUUUGCCGCCGGCGGACUCGUCGUGGCUGCAGCCGUACUAGUGGCGGCGGCUUGGAGUGUGCAACGGGUGCCGCCCUUCAACAUAGCCGACUGCCACGCGUUGGUGACUGGCGGAAGCACAGGUAUUGGUUUGGAGACUGCUCGUCAGUUAGUCCGUCAGGGUGCGAAAGUCGUCGUCGUAUCGGCGCGUCGGACGGAUGUGUUGCGGGCUGCAGUAGCGGAGCUCCGGGCGGAGGCCGGGAAGGACGGCACGCAGGUGUUUUACGUGGAGAUGGACGUGAGCGAUGAGGCGUCGGUGGCACGCGCCGUGAAUGAGGUUGAGGCGACGAUGACGGGGGGUGCCGGGCUUGACCUUGUGGUGUGCAACGCUGGCUUCUCCAUUCCAUUGCGCUUUCUUGAAACCUCCGCCGACGACGUCCGCCGUAUGUUGGAAGUAAACUACUUUGGUUGUGUCCAUGUGGUGCGGGCAGUGUUGCCGGCAAUGCUGCAACGGCGUCGUGGUCGCAUUGUGCUGGUGAGCAGUUUGGCUUCCCGCUGUGCCAUUGCCGGUUAUUCGUCCUACGCAGCCUCCAAGGCCGCUGUUCGUGCCUUUGCUCACAGUCUUGACAUGGAGAACAGUUGUUUGGGGGUGCGAUUUCAGGUUGUGUGCCCGCCGGACAUCGAGACGCCGGGGCUGCAUAGUGAAAACCUCCGCAAGAGUCCUGAGUGUAAGGCAAUUUCGUCCUUUGGCGGCAAUGUCCCCUACACUGCAGAGGCCAUGGGCCGGUGUAUCGUAAAAAAUAUUAAGCGGUAUCGCUUUGACGUGGUCCUGGGAAGCGAUGCGGUGCUGCUGAGUUUGGGCUCCGCUGGGAUCGAGCCCGCCACGAGUUUAUUAGAGCUCCUCUUUCAGUUCCUCUUUGCAGGGUGGUUGCGGCUGAUUAUGGCUGUUUACUCCAAGCUGCAUUACCGUAUUGUUCAGCGUGUGCGUGGCGAGGAGGUAACCCCGGUGAAAGACAAGGAUGUGUGA